AUGCUCAGGAAAGUAGCCACAAUAAUCGAAAUUUUAGCCCCCACAGCGGACAAAUCAGCGGCAGCGGCCAAUGACAAUGCCAUAGUUUUCGAUGCUCUUUCAGCAGUAAUUAGUAUAGCGUCUUCUCCGCCUGACGUCGACACGGAGGAAAAAGGUGAAAGCGUCCCAGCGAUCCUAGAAAUUAUAAAACAGCUCAAUCUUUCGGUGGCGCCAGAAAGCUUCUACAAACUUUCUUUCGAGCAAAAACCAGACGAAGCUCAGGAAUCAAAACACUGGAAGGGCAACAGAGACACGUGGGAAAAAAAUAAAAAAUUAAUCGACAAGGGCGACACGGUGAUCGACGAAGUAAAGCUAAUGCACCCCGGGCCAAGCCAUGAAAGGAACGUCGCAGCGACGAUUAUAAACCGGACACUAGAGCUGGCACUUGAAAAGCAGAAAGAACUCAAACCUAAAAUAACGGCCACAGCAAUAAAAGAUCUCCAAAACAAAGUGCUGUUUGGCGAGAGCGGAGCACUAACAAGUGACGCUGACAAGCCAUUCCCAUCAACUGGAGAUUCAGCAUGCGGGGGCAGCAACCCGACUAGCCAAAACUCAGGCGCCAGCCUCGCAGCCGACUUCGUCUGUCUCUGUGCAGCAAACGGCGGCAAUGGGGAAGAGUGCACGGGGGCAAACGUGGGGGCGAGCGUUCAGUACACAAACCCAAACGCCGCGGCGACAGCGUACGGCAAGCUGCUAGAAAAGUGCCCAAAGGCAAAAGGAGUAAAAUUCAACGCAGCAGCGGCUGCAGCGGCCAGGGCAACAUUUCUAGCAGCCCUGAAGAAGAAUGGCAAAAACACACAAGCCGAAGGUAACAUACUAGGUGCAGAGGACAGCAAACAAUGCAACGGCGGCGCCCAAGGUCUCUGCGUCUAUUACAAACCCACACCAGCGGACGGGCACACACCUAUACCGUGGCUCGAAGCGCUCGAAACAGCAGAACAGAAGGUGGAAGAAGCCAAAACAAACGCUCUUGCUAAUGGAGAAAUUUAUAGGGCAGUUGUAAACCUCAAACAAACAGCACUGUCAGCGUAUCUGCGGGCAAUUUCAGGAGAUGCACCGUUGCCGGUGGACAGCGCCCAAACAGCAAAACCGUCAGGUUCAGAAACGGAAAAAUGCGACAAGCUCAAAAAAAAGAAGGACUGUGAAGAAAAUGGUUGCCAAUGGGAAGGAAAAGAAUGCAAAGAGUCCAGUUUUGCUCCAAAUAAGAAAUUUUUUAUUUUUGCUAUUCCUUUUGUGAGUUAG